CGGACGCUGAUUGGCCCUGGCAUAGGGAAGGAAGGGCGUUCAGGAGGAGCCGCUGCGUCAGAGGGGAGUGAGCCGGUGUUGUGGGCCAUGGCGUCGCUCAGGUGCAGCACCGUGGUCUGCGUGAUCUGCUUGGAGAAGCCCAAAUAUCGCUGCCCCGCCUGCCGCGUGCCCUACUGCUCGGUGACCUGCUUCCGGAAGCACAAAGAGCAGUGCAACCCUGAAACUCAUCCCACUAAGCAUAAAAGAUCAACUGCUCCUGUAAAAACUACACAGCCUGAGGAAAACAAAGAUGAUGAUGACUCUAUAGCCGAUUUUCUUGAUAGCGAUGACGAAGAAGACAGAGUUUCUUUGCAGAAUUUGAAGAAUUUAGGGGAAUCUGCAACAUUAAGAAACUUAUUGCUUAAUCCACACCUUAGACAGUUGAUGAUCAACCUCGAUCAGGGUGACAACAAAGCAAAACUCAUGAGAGCCUACAUGCAGGAGCCCUUGUUUGUGGAGUUUGCGGACUGCUGUUUAAGAAUUGUGGAACCAUCACAGAAUGAGGACUCUUAAAAUGCAUCACUGUGUUCCUUGAUCUCCAGAACUACCUAGUCCUUCUUCCAGGGGGCCAGGUAAUGUGGGGCUCCAAACAAGAGGUGGCUUCCCAGAUUGCAGGCUGUAUGCUGAGGUUGUGCAGGUCUUUGCCUCUUGACGGGUGUGUAUGUUUCAGGCCAUGGGGGCUACUCAGUGUAGCAGAUCCUUAAUGAAGAGAACUUGACAGUCAUAGAGUUGUUUUCAAAUGUUUUAUUUUUGGUACAGUUGGGAUAGUCAACUUAUUUGUCAAGUUUUGUACCCAUUUCAAUUAAAAACUGGAUCAUUGUUACUAAAAUAAAAUCAAGGUAUGGUGUUUCUCUUGUA